AUGAUGAAACAGGCUCUGGAGGAUACGUUGAGCAACGCCUCCACGGAGGAGCUUGAGUGUAAGAUCUGCUACCGCCUCUACAACCUCGGUGCCCGGCGACCGAAGGUCCUGGGGUGCUGCCACCGCCUUUGUGCCAAGUGCCUGUCCAAGAUGGCAGGCCUGGUUGAGGUGCCACAGCAAUCUCUAGCCUGCCCCUUCUGCCGCUAUCCAACCUACUUGACCGGGGAGGCGGUGACUGUGCUCCCUGACGACCACAACAUCGUGAAGGCCCUGGCUCUACGGGGCCGAAGGAAACGUGACCCAAAGUCCGCUGAGCUCCUUCUCAGCCCCAGUGGACUCAGCUCCACAGUCAAUGCCUCCCCCUCCUCCUCCACCUCCUCCCCCACCUCCUCCUCCUCCUCGCAGGGGACCUCUAACUGUCUGGGUAUUGCCGUUGUUGAGGCUGCCCCAGAGUCACCGGACGACAGUACACAAGCUGGAGCCAGGGACAGCAACCUCCCUGGCCUACAGCCCUGGAAGUUGUGGCGCUUCAUUAUCAGGUCAUGGUGUUGUUUAGCCCAGGCAUUGGUUUGUUUCCUGGGGAUACUCUAUUUUGGCUCCCUUCCCCUGGGAAUCUUCCUACUCGUCAAGAAGAAGACAUCACUGGGUAUUUUUAUGGUCAGCUUGGUGCCCUCUAGUAUGCUGAUGCUUGUGCUCUAUGACAUUUUCCAGUGGUGCUAA